AUGAGAGUGAGCCUUGGGUACAAGGAUAAGGCUGUUAAAAGAUCUUGGGCGGAAGAUCCUUUCAUCAUGACUGAGGAAGUAAUGAAGAAUAUAUCAUUAGAAGUUGUCCGAGAAAGGCUGUUAGACCAUGUCCAUCAGGAAAUCCCAUGGGUUGGACGGACUGGAAGGAGUUGCGAGAUGGCUCUCUUCGGAUUGAACAGCAUCUUAUCACUCCCAAAUUAA